AUGGGUAGUCAAGGCUUUGAAGGACCCUAUGGCCGGGAGCCGAUCGCAAUCAUAGGUAGCAGCUGUCGCCUCCCGGGCGGUGCCUCGUCUCCCUCCCGGCUCUGGGACUUGCUCUUAGAACCGAAAGAUCUCGUACAAGAGGUUCCAUCCAGUCGCUUUAAUAUCAAAGCGUUUUACCAUCCCGAUAGCCAACAUCACGGGAGUUCAAAUGUUCAACAUGCAUACCUAAUCGACCACGACCCCAGGGUCUUUGAUCGAGACUUCUUUGCCAUGAAUCCCAAAGAAGCCGAGUCGCUCGAUCCACAACAGAGGAUGCUGCUUGAGACGGUAUAUGAAGGCCUCGAAUCGGCCGGAUACUCGAUACAGCAGCUCCGGGGUUCUCCAACUGCGGUAUUUGUGGGAGUCAUGCUCGUCGACAUGCAAUUCAUCUCUUCUCGGGGCCUUGAUACCCUGCCACAGUACGAUAUCACCGGUACUGCCCGGUCGAUUUUGGCAAAUCGAGUAUCGUACUUCUAUGACUGGAAUGGGCCCUCAGUGGCAGUGGAUACAGGCUGCUCAUCAAGCCUUGUGGCACUCGAUCAGGCGGUUCAAACGCUCCGUAAUGGGGAUUCAACCAUGGCUGUCGCUGCAGGGACCAAUCUUAUCCUCGACCCAUACCCAUUCAUAGCUGCCACAAGUCUCAAUAUGCUGUCCCCGAAUGGUCGAUCGUGCAUGUGGGAUAUACGUGCGGACGGAUACACCCGUGGAGAUGGCUUCUCUGUUGUGGUGCUGAAGACCCUGAGCCAAGCUAUUGCUGAUAACGAUCACAUCGAAUGCAUUGUGCGAGAAACUGGGGUCAAUCAGGAUGGCCGGACACCAGGUAUCACCAUGCCGAGUGCAACAGCCCAAGCAUCUUUAAUCAGAUCCACCUAUGCAAAAUGUGGAUUAGAUGUCUCUCGCAAAUGUGACCGGCCCCAGUUCUUCGAGUGCCAUGGAACUGGAACUCCCACAGGAGACCCUCUUGAGGCGGAGGCCAUUCAAAGUGUCUUUUUCCCAGGCAAUAAAAGACAGGGAAACGAUGAGCUUCUCGUUGGCUCGAUCAAGACCAUUGUCGGUCAUACCGAGGGCAGUGCUGGUCUCGCUGGUGUCAUCAAAGCAUCUUUGGCGGUUCAGCACGGUAAGAUCCCUGCAAACCUUCAUUUUGAAGAACUCAACCCAAAGAUCCAACCGUUUUAUGGCCAUCUCCGCGUGCCGACAACUACGCUGCCCUGGCCUGAUUUGCCCGAAGGAGCACCUCGCCGUGUCAGCGUCAACAGCUUUGGCUUUGGGGGCACCAAUUCCCAUGCGAUUAUUGAGAGCUGGGAUGGUCCCGGAAGUAAACAUUACACCUCCUCGAAAUCUAUCGGCGGUGGUCUCUUCGUGCUGUCCGCUGGCUCCGGCCAGUCUUUGUCAAAGACGGCAUUGGUGCUAGCAGAGUAUCUACGACAGCAUCCCGAGACCGAUCUGAGUGCGCUGGCCUUGACGCUGUUCCGUAGAGGAAGCUUCCCAUUCCGCGCAGCCUUUUCGGCCACGACAGUAACACAGCUUAUUGAUAAGCUUGAGCGCAGCGCUGAGGAAUUGAGCACCAGUUCACGUAUUCCUAUGCUUCCGGACAGCCUUCCACCUCGCAUUCUCGGUGUUUUCACGGGACAGGGUGCGCAGUGGGCUACCAUGGGUAAGGGCCUUUACGAAGCAUCCGACAUCUUCCGCCACUCUCUAGACCAAAUGCAGUCCAGUCUCGACUCUUUGCCGAAAGCAGACCGGCCUGGCUGGUCUCUCGUUGAGGAGCUCCUUGCACCGAAAGACACAUCUCGUCUGGGUACGGCCGCCAUUUCACAGCCACUCUGCACUGCUCUGCAAGUCUCUCUGGUCAAUGUUCUCCACGCUGCUGGGAUUGAAUUCGCAGCUGUUGUGGGGCAUUCAUCGGGCGAGAUCGGCGCUGCGUAUGCCGCAGGGUAUCUCGAUUCUAAGGAUGCCAUUCGCAUCGCGUAUUACCGAGGCGUGUACUCUAGCCUGGCAAAGAGCUCUAACGGACAACGGGGCAAGAUGAUGGCCGUCGGCAUGUCGUUAGAAGAGGCAACAAUAUUCUGCAGCGAGUUUAAGGGGAGACUUGCAGUCGCAGCCAGCAACUCAGCGACGAGCUGCACACUCGCAGGUGACGCUGAAAUUGUCGAGGAGGCCCAGCUGCGACUGCAAGGAAGUACCUUUGCUCGUGUCUUAGCUGUCGACACGGCCUAUCAUUCUAACCACAUGGUACCAUGCGCGAUCCCUUAUCUUGAGGCGAUGCGUCGUUGUGGAGUCAAAGUCCAAAAAGGCCCUAGACGAUGUCAAUGGUACUCCAGCGUCUGGGGCUUCGAUGGCGUUGCUCGAUCGUUUGAGGAUGACCAUGUCCUUCUGACGGACCAGUAUUGGGUUGACAACAUGACAAAGCCGGUCUUCUUCAACCAGGCUAUUCACCGUGCUGUGAGUGAAGAGCACUGCUUCGAUAUUGCUUUUGAAGUUGGGCCACACCCGGCUCUAAAGGGUCCUGCAUCUGAAACCAUCGAUGCCCUGGCUGGGACUUCCCUUCCGUACACCGGAGUUUUAAACCGCGGAAAGAGCGCAGUGGAGACUUUUGCAGAUGCCUUAGGUCUUGUGUGGAAAUUGUUUCCGUCGGCGUGCCCCAUCGUCAGAUUUGAGGACUUGAACAAAGCUUACUUUAGCGACUUGCCAAAGAGACCUGUUGUCUUGAAGGGGCUACCAACUUACUCAUGGGAUCAUGAUAACAUCCUGUGGAAGGAGCCGAGAGCAUCAAGGGUCUUGCGCACUCGGGUUGAUCCUCGACAUGAGCUCUUGGGUCAUGCAAUCAAUCACGGCGAAGGCGAUACACGCGAGGUUCAUUGGCGGCAAGUCUUGAAAGUCAACGAACUCGCUUGGCUACGUGGCCAUCGUAUCCAAGGCGAGGUUUUGGUUCCUGCGUCUGCUUUCCUGUCCAUGGCUUAUGAGGCAGCCGUCCGGUUGGCUGAUGACCAACAUACGAUACAGCUGAUUGAGCUCCACGACAUAGAUUUUGUUCGCGCACUGCGACUGGAAGAGGACUCUACAGGUGUUGAGGUUCUCUUCACAGCUGGAGUGAUUGGCCGAACAAAGGGAUACCUAGAGUUGCAAAUAGCCUGUUACAGCAGCUCGGUUGACGCACAGGGCCAAUUUGACAACUCUAAAGCAGGAGUUAGUUCUCAUUUCAGGGCCAGGGCUCGUCUAUUUCUUGGAGACGCCCGGGAGCAUACAUUGCCCGCCCGUGUUGCUCCUCUUCUUCCGAUGGAUGCUCUGGACAUGGAGCAAUUCUACUCGGGUCUCUCCGAGAUUGGCUUCAAUUACUCUGGACACUUCCAGGCUAGCAAAAUAGUUCGACGACUGGACCAGGCCGAGGUCACGGUUGCGGUACCGCCGGAUAACUCGAAACUGAGAGCAUGCAUGCAUCCUUCACGCGUCGAUACCGCCUUCCAAGGCCUCUUCGCCGGAUUCUCGUUCCCUGGAGACGGUCGUCUCUACACAACAUACUUGCCUACACACAUUGACUGUGUAAGGAUAAGCAUGCAGCCUUCCGAGUCUCAGUCACCAUAUUUUCAUGCCGACUGCCUCGUGACCUGGGGUGAUGCAACUUCUUUGAUCGGAAAUGUGGACCUAUUCGAUCCUAGAGACUCCCACACCGAAGUUCAAAUGCGAGGAGUUCGUCUGACAGCUGUCGGUCAGCACAAGGAUCGCUGGCUCUAUGCCACGGAAACUUGGAUUCGAGACGCCGCCUCCGGAAUUGAACCAGGCGAUCGGGCCAAGCUGUCGGAAGAAGACACGUCCCUGGGCGAGAUCCUGAUGCGAACAGCCUAUUGCUACUACCGUCAGCUUCGCAGAGAGGUCAAUCGCCUAGAACUGGAUCAACUAGGCAAAUAUCAGCAUCAUAUGAUGACAUGGAUCCUCGACCAUCUCUUCCCACAGAUUGAAUCAGGCAACCAUCCGGAUAUUCGCCCCGGAUGUGGGUGGGAGAAUGACACCAUGGACAUCCUGUACGAGAUGGGAAGUAAAUACCUGGCUGUUGGAAACAUUGAUAUGCAGCUGCUUCAUGCCGUGGGGCAAAAACUUCCCGACAUAGUCCGCGGCACCAUUCCUCCCCUCCAAAUUCUCAUGCGGGAUGGCAUGGUCGAGCGGCUCUACGUGGAAGGCCUCGGAGUCGAGGCUGUGAAUCGUGACAUUGGUGCACUGGCAAAGCAGAUUGCUUGCCGGUAUCCGCGUAUGCGUAUACUCGAGGUUGGAGCCGGAACUGGCGGAGCGACGCGGAGCAUUCUCCAUACCAUCGGUGACCAUUAUGCUUCCUACACAUACACGGAUAUCUCGGUCGGUUUCUUCGAAAAGGCACGCGAUCUCUUCAAGGACAGCACCAAGGCUACAUUCAAAACGCUGAAUAUCGAGAAUGAUCCAGCUGCUCAGGGCUUUGUUAACGGUGCUUACGACAUGGUUGUUGCGUCCAAUGUGCUGCACGCAACCCACAAGCUCGAGGAGACGCUCCAGCACUGUCGGCAGUUGCUCCGGCCUGGAGGGUACUUGCUCCUUGUAGAAAUCACCAGUGACAAUCUGCCCAUGCAGCUCUACAUGUCGAUACUUCCGGGGUGGUUCCUCGGCAUCGAAGACGGCCGUGUCUGGGCUCCCACAGUCGGCGUCGAUCGAUGGGACUCACUCCUAAAGUCCACCGGAUUCUCAGGGGUGGAGACGGUCUCGACGCCUUCAUUCUGCAGCGUGAUCAUGUCUCGAGCGACAGAUGAUAACGUUCGCAUCCUCCAGGAACCUCUGAAGGUCGCGUCAUCGCAACUGCCCAACAUCGGUGAAGUCCUGAUUGUGGGUGACGGCAACUCGGACCUAGCAUGCAAAACCCGCGAUCUCCUUAGAGCUACUAUCUCCUCGCCGAUUGCGAUACACCCAAACCUCGAGGGCAUUCGAAUCUCUACCACGACUGCCGUCCUCUGCCUCUGUGACCUAUCCAGCCCAAUCUUCGCCGACAUGAGCGAGGCGAGGUUCAAGAGCCUGCAAGGUGUCAUCCAGAACGCCGAUAUCGUGCUGUGGGUGACGCACGGUUCAACAUCCGGCAAGAAACCCGAGGCCGCCAUCACAGUGGGCCUAGGGCGGACGGCACUUGUCGAGCGGAGUGAUCUGCGGCUGCAAUUUCUAGAUGUUGAUGACCCGAACUCCGUCGAUCCGUCCCUGCUUGCAACACUCUUCCUUCGUCUCUCUUGCAUCGGCCAGUCCAGAUGGGACAAUGUACAGUGGACGCACGAGCCCGAGCUAGCGCUGCAAAACGGUGCCCUUUACUUCCCCAGAGUCCUUUCACUAGAAUCAGUCAACCGUCGGACGGCGGCAAGAAACCGCCAAGUUAGUCAAGUGGCAGAAGUCGGGACCUCUGGUACCGCUGUGGCCUUGUCCAAGCAUGGAGCUAUCGAGAUCGAUUCCGUCCCACUCGGCAAGAUAGAAGUCGCCAAAAUUCGCGUCUGCGUCACGGCAUCCUCGUUUCAUCCCUUGACUGAUGACGGAAACGUGGCCACAUAUCUUUGUAUGGGCCGGGAUGUGAGAUCAAAGGACAAGGUCCUUGCUCUGGCCGAUGACAACAAGUCGCUGGUAGACGUCUUCCAGGCCGAUGUCGUCCAUAGCUGGGCCGCCACCGGGGAUAUCGAUGCAGAUGAGACAGACGCCUCACAGCUGAGUUAUCUAUUGGGACGAGCUCUAGCAAUGCACAUCUUACGCGAUUCAGCAGCUCCUCUCUGGAUUCAUGGAGCCCCCAAUGAUCUAGCCCAGAGCAUCGAUCUUGUCGCACAAGAGCAGAGGCUUGCGGUGUUACAGACAACAUCUGAAGAUGACGAUACUUCUGGACGCACGUUCAUCCAUCCAUAUGCGAGCAAUCCCACCCUCCAAAGCCUGAUUCCGAAGGGACUUCGAACAUUCAUCACUUUCAAGCACCCGAUCAAUGAUGACUUGAAUGAAUCGAUAGUGCGGAUACUGUCCCGGACCACAGCAAUCAAGAAACUCAAGGUUCCGUCUCUUUUAGAGUUGAAUCGUGAGGACCAAGUUCAGCAUUUCAAGCAGUGCUUCCAGAAAGAGCAGCUUAUUAGCACGGCAGAUGCUCAAAUCUUCCCCAUCGACAGCGUUCCGUCCACAGAAGCGACAUCCACGGUACUUCCUACAGCAGUGGUUAGCUGGACGGGCCCCAAAGCCAUCACUGCCCUGGCGCGUCCACUCCAACAUCAAGGGCUGCUCUCGGCCGAUAAAACAUAUAUCCUUUUCGGUAUGGGAGGCGACAUGGGAAUAUCCGUAUGCAAGUGGAUGGUGGAGAACGGAGCGCAGAAUGUGGUUCUGGUGAGUCGAACUCCGAAGGUGCCACCAGGAGUGAUCGAAUACAUGGCCCAGCGAGGGGCCCAUGUCCGGGUUAUGGCGGUAGACAUCACGAACCGCGAGGUGCUACGAGCUGCCUGCGCCGACGUCCAAGCCACCAUGCCGCCUGUUGGUGGUGUUAUCAACGGUGCCAUGGUCCUCCGUGAUCGCAUGUUUGUCAACAUGUCUCUGGCCGACUUUUCGGCGGUUCUAGCGCCAAAAUUGCGCGGAACACAGCAUCUCGACGAGAUAUUUGGAGAGAUGGAGUAUCCUGACUUGGAGUUCUUCAUUGCCCUUUCAUCCACCAUGACCGUGGUGGGAAACAUUGGCCAGUCUGCUUACAACGCUGCCAACCUCUCCAUGACCAGCCUUAUCCGCCAGAGGCGUCGCCGUGGGCUUGCGGGCUCGGUGGUCGUCCUGGCUGUCAUGUCAGGCUUCGGCUAUGUUUUCCGGGCCAAUGCAGAUCAGGUCUCUACUCUACAAGAGACUGGAUUCGCCCGUGCCGUCAGAGAGUCGGAAACGGAGCUGCACGAGAUGCUGGCCGAGGCUAUUGUCUGUGGUCGGCCAGACUCGGGUCAGCCUCCCGAGCUUAUCACAGGUCUUGAGACGACAUUUGAGGUGCCCCGGCGUCGCGACCUGCGUCUAGCCUGUUAUUUUGCAGAGCAAGACAACUCAAACUCUCAACAGACGGGGGCGAAGACACACGAGAGUAAGAGCACAAACGUGGAAACUCGGUUGGCCGAAGCCAAGGAGCCAUCGGAGUGUUUAGCCGUGUUGGAACAGUCUUUCUGCGAGACAUUGGGGAAAGUAUUGGACAUCGACCCUGAGCAUAUGGAUAGAAGUAUGCCAGUGGCAAAUCUGGGUAUCGAUUCUCUCGUUGCUGUGCGGAUCCGAGAAUGGUUCCUCGAUCAAAUCGGCGUCGAUGUGUCAGUCCUCAAAAUUCUCUCCACCAGCUAUUCCCUGUCGCGUCUUUGCGAGGAUGUCCUCGUCGACUGGAGAAAAUUACGGAAAGAGCCGGAGAUGGAGACCAAGACAAACGGGCUCAGUUCAAAUGGUGAAACACAUAUGGACUGGGAAAGGGAACUGGCUAGACUCCAGGAUGAAGUGCAGGGCCUCGUCCCUCAAGACAUCGACUCUCGGGUCACACCUCGUCAAAGCGGUGGGCUUCGUAUCGUUCUCACGGGUGCCACCGGCUUCAUAGGCACAAAUCUCUUGCGCUGUCUCAUCGCGGAUCCUCGUGUUGAAGAGGUCCAUUGUCUUGCCAUCCGUUCACGGCCGGUCAAGGUGCAGAACGCCAAAGUAUAUCAGUACCAGGGCGACCUCGGCAAGGCGCUCCUCGGGCUUUCCAUGGAUGACUUCGCCCGCUUUUCCCAGACAGCAGAUAUUAUCAUUCACCUGGGGGCAGAUGUUAAUCUGCUAAAGUCUUACGAUGCCCUACGCGAUGCCAACCUAGGCUCAACCCAAUUCUUACUCGCCAUGGCAACCCCUAGGCGCAUUCCGGUCCACUACAUCUCGUCGUCGGCAGUCGCCUUGCUGCAGAAAGAUAGUGCAGAGCUUGCCGAGACUUCAGUCUCAGUCUUCUCUCCUCCGCCAGACGCCGAGUCUCAGCUGAGGACCGGUUUUGGCUAUGCGACCUGCAAAUGGAUGGCCGAAAUGCUACUGGAACGAGGGUCGGGCGAUGUACCAGCGACAGUACACCGCUUCGUCAACAUAAUGGGUACCGAAGCCCCGGAGGAGCACUAUCUCGUGGCUCUAGACCGCUACUGCACGAGAAUGCGGGCCGUGCCGCUGCUUGAUCCGGAACGUUGGCAAGGACAACUUGACAUCAUGGACAUUGAUGAGCUCACGCCAGCCUUCGCUUCCACUGUUCUUGAGCAAAUCGAGCGGCCUUUUGCGAUUCACAACUACUGCAGCGGGGGCAAGUACGGUAUGGCCGAUCUGGAAGAAAUGUACCGUGAGAAGCUCGGGAGUGAUGUUGAAGUGUGGCCGCUGAAUAAAUGGUUGCGGAAGGCAACAGAGAUGGGCAUGAGCAGAGGAGUUGAGAGUUCCUUCCUUGACACGGGUUAUGUUGUACGAGCUCCGAGUCUCCUCCCUGGAAAGUCAUGA